CCGGAAACGACUCACAAGCAAGAACUUCAGGAUAGAAGUCUGCACGUGCACAGCAAUAAAUCCCUGCGUUAAUAUUGUCCUCUUCGGCAUUAUUACGAUACAUCAUGGUCGAAACCUAUGUGCGGAAUGUUCGAGCCAUCGAAGAAGGCAUGGCAAAACUGAGAGAGGCUUUGGAAAUGCCUCAGAGUGAGGAGGACAGAAUUGGGACGCUCGAUGUCCUAACCGGCUGUCUCCAUGAUCAUUUCAACCGUACUGGAGAUGAAGGCAGCAUGAAUGAAGCUGUUAGGACGGGGAGACAGUUGGUCAGUCUCACAAGCCAAGAGAGCCAACAACGGAAUCGGGUAUUGGUUCAGUUAGCGCGCCAACUAGCCAAUCGCUUCUUCAGAACCGGCAAUUUAGCUGAACUUGAUGAAGCCAUCUCAAUCUACGAGGGUGUCGAUAAGGCAUUGUCUGAGCGUCACUUUCUACGCUUGCGGAAUGCUGAUGCUUUGUCGAUUCUAUAUAGGAAACGGUUCGAGCGGAGGGGGCUAGACUCAGACAAUGAGAAGGGCAUUGCUGCACUUCAGCAGUGCAUCAAUUUGACGACACCAGGAUCCCAGGAACGAGCAGUCAAACUUCUUAACUUGGGAUCCGGCUUAUGGCGUCGCUUCAGCCGGACAAGAUCGCUAGUCGAUCUCAACGAUGCAAUCUCACGAUAUGAAGAAGCGCUCAAGAUACAAUUUACAGAACCGAAUCAAGACGUGAAGUCUAGCUGUCUGUCCGGUCUCGCCCAACUUCGAUACGAGCACUAUGAGCUCACGGGCGACACGACUCUGAUUGCGAAUUCUGUGGAAGAGAGCAAGAAGGCUGUGGCAGCUCUCACGCAGGAUCACCCAAAAUUGGCUACUGCGCAUUACGUGCUGGGAGGCUCUCUCGAACAGCGAUCAGAAGCAACGGGAGUGCUUGAAGACAUUGAUGCGGCUCUUGACAGCUUCAAGACUGCAUGCAACCUUCCUGCUGGCGAGCCACACCAACGAAUCAUUUCCGCACGUCGUGCAAUGAGAAUUUUGGGCGGGAAGCAGAGAUGGGCAGAGGCUGAACCCAUUGCAGAUCUCGCCGUCAGUCUUAUACCACAUGUCUGUACGCGAAAGCUCACUCAAGAUGACCAACUUCACGCACUCCACGACAUUUCCGAGGUGUCUGCAGAAGCCUGCUCCAUUUCCUUGCGUUUGGGAAACGUUGGAAAGGCCCUCCAGCAUAUUGAGUUUGGGCGCGGAUUGGUUCUGGGUUACCUGAUCGAUGGGCAAAGCGAUCUUUCUGACCUCAGAGGGCGAGACUCGUCUCUGGCUCACGAGUAUGAAAGUCUGAGAGCCAGGGUUUCUGGUGUGAGCACUGGGUUAGAUGAGAUUUAUCAGGAGCUGGACAUCUGCGAAGCUAAAAUCCGUCAAAUUGAGGGAUUUGAGAGGUUUUUGCUGUCGCCAUCUUUGGAAGAAUUGCAAGCUGAAGCUUGCGACGGCCCCAUAGUUGUCGUCAACCUAUCCAGCUUUGGAGCAGACGCUAUCAUUGUCACCAAAGACGAUUUACAGACUCUUGGACUUCCUGAGAUGACUAUCCAUUCCAUGAACCGAGUCACAGUGGCAAAGAUGACAUGGACAGGGCGUGAACGCGAUAUGGAACCGGAACAGGCUCCACGCUUGGGAGUCGGAAUGCUGGAGUGGCUGUGGUCCUCCUGCGUACACCCUAUUCUCAACAUGAUCACUGGAGAUGUCGAUACAAAGUCGGACGGCAACAAUCUGAGCCGUAUUUGGUGGAUUGGCACUGGUUUCGCGAGCACACUUCCGUUCCAUGCAGCCACGGGUUCCGACGAGGAAACCCCUGGGAGUACCUUGGAUCUAUCCAUUCCGUCGUAUACUUCGACUAUCAAGGCACUGCAGAACGCUCGAAACCGAUCAUCGAAGGGACAGAAGACGGGCGACGCCGACCCAUAUCAUCUUCUGAUGGUCACUAUGCCCAGCACACCGGGCCAGACGGAUCUCCCGGGUGUUUCACGCGAGAAGCAGGCAAUCAAGGCAGCUAUCAAAGGCGCGUACAAGAUCACGGAGCUUGAACGACCCAACGCUCAGCAGGUCCUCGACGGCAUGCAAGACGCGCAAAUUGUGCACUUCGCGUGCCACGGAGCCUCCGAUCCGAAGGACCCAUUGCAAAGUCAUUUGCUUCUGCAAAAUUCCAAUCAAACCUUGGACAAGCUCACAGUCAAGUCACUCCUGGCCGAGAAGGUCAAGACACGGGCUUGGAUUGCCUACUUAUCUGCAUGUUCAACAGCGGAAGUGAAGGCAUUUAGUCUGAAAGACGAGGGUUUGCAUGCCACGAGCGCCUUUCAAGUCGCUGGUUUCGGUCAUGUAAUUGGCUCAUUGUGGCCAGUUAGUGAUGAGGUUUCUAUUGAAGUUGCGAGGCUGUUCUAUGAGUUCUUGAGUAGACCCAGGACAAAGCCUGCGUCGCCUGAUAGGCUUGUUGCCGAAGCGCUGAGGAGCGCGGUACUUCAGAUUCGUACCCGGUUUCCCGAUAAUGCCGAUAUAUGGGGCCCAUAUAUACACUACGGUGCAUAACAAGUUAGUUGUUUUGUACAUCCAUACACAAGUUGAAAUCAGC